AUGACGUUUUGUUCCUCUGUGGACUUUGCGCCUUCAAAGACUGAUGUGUCUCUUUUUAUCUAUUCUCAUGAUAAUGUUCGUCUUUAUUUCUUGGUGUAUGUUGAUGACAUUUUGAUUAUGGGGUCUGACUCAGACAGUGUUACUACACUUGAGUUUAAAGUUCGUGAUAAUAUUCUCAAACGUGCUGGCAUGGUGGACUGUAAGCCAGUGGUCACGCCUGUCUCUACCGUGAAAAUCGCCGACGAUGUUGCUACUCCCUAUGCCGAUCCAACACAAUACAGAAGUCUUGCUGGUGAUCUCCAAUAUCUUACGGUAACUCGUCCUGAUAUGUCUUAUGCUGUUAAUCUCUUGUCACAUUCUUCAACUGAAGCAGAAUACAAGGGUCUGGCUGAUGUAUCUGCUGAGGUUACAUGGCUUGUUUCUCUGCUACACGAGAUCGGCAUCCCACUUGCGUCUCCUCCUCGACUAUGGUGUGAUAAUUUGGGAGCUACUUACUUAUGUUUACUCAUUGUGGAAUUGGCAUUCGAGAUCUGCGCGUUCGCAAUCGCAAUCGGUAUCGGAAUUGCAUUCAAUUUUGCGUAUUGA